AUGGCGGCGACUUUGCGCUGUGCCGCCCGCCGUAUGCGGGUCGGCGCGUUGCAGGUGGCGCCAACACCUUGGAUGGCCUCGUGUCAAACAAGGAGGGGCAUAGCUUCCGGGGCUGUCGCAACUCACAUACCCGAGCCGGUAACGCCACCACCUCCACGGAGUCUAUCGACACCUUUAGCCGAAACUCCCGGCCGCGGGGACGGCCCGGCACCGGCACCUCCGGUUAUCACCCCGCGCCGAGACCGCAUCCGGGACGCCAAGCCGUUCUCCGAGUUCUUGACCGAUACCUUUCACCGGCAACACGACUACCUGCGCAUCUCAGUCACGGAACGGUGCAACUUGCGGUGUCUGUACUGUAUGCCUGAGGAGGGCGUGCCACUUUCACCAUCCCGCGAGCUCUUGACCACGCCGGAGAUCGUGAUGCUCUCCUCGCUCUUCGUGUCACAGGGCGUUACCAAAAUCCGGCUGACGGGCGGGGAACCGACGGUACGACGAGAUAUUGUGCCCCUGAUGCAGCAGAUUGGGGCGUUGCGAAGCCAUGGCCUACGCGAGUUGUGUUUAACCACCAACGGACUCUCGUUGCACCGCAAGCUGGAGCCCAUGGUCGAAGCCGGCCUGACGGGCGUUAACCUCUCGCUCGACACACUGGACCCCUGGCAGUUUCAGUUGAUGACGCGGCGGGCAGGAUUCAGCGCAGUUCAAAAGACCAUCGACCGCAUUUUUGAGCUGAACCGCGCCGGCGCGGGGAUAAAGUUCAAGAUCAACUGCGUUGUUAUGCGUGGGCUGAACGACCGCGAGAUUCUACCAUUUGUGGACCUAACGCGGGACAAGGACGUCGAGGUGCGCUUCAUCGAGUAUAUGCCUUUCGACGGUAACAAGUGGAGCGAAGGCAAGAUGUUUAACUACCAAGAAAUGCUGGACCUUAUCCGUACCCGAUACCCAGACCUGGAGAGGGUCACCGGCCACAAAAACGACACAAGCAAGACCUUCCAAGUGCCCGGGUUUGCGGGCAAGCUUGGAUUUAUCACGAGCAUGACGCACAACUUCUGCGGAACAUGCAACAGACUUCGUAUCACCAGCGACGGAAAUUUGAAGGUGUGUCUAUUUGGAAAUGCCGAAGUCUCGCUGCGAGACAUCGUCCGCCAGGUGAACGGCGGCGAACCCAUCGACGAAGCGGCUUUCAAGUCGCUGGAGCAAGCUGCAAGGGAACGAUUAGGGGAUAUCAGCAGCGCAGACUCUGAGGCGCUAGUGUUACCCAACUCGGAAGAACUACUGAACGUCAUCGGCUCGGCCGUGAAGAGAAAGAAGGAGAAGCACGCGGGCAUCGGGGAGCUGGAACACAUGAAGAACCGGCCAAUGAUCUUGAUUGAUACACCUUCGUCGUCGCGGACACGUUCUACGAGACCCCCAUGGCGGCAUCUAGCCGGCCUCUCCGCUCCCACACUCCCUCGCAACAUUCCCAGUUUCAUGCUCUCCUCACAAGACGCCGUUGCCCAACAAUCUGCUAUCCGCCUCUUCUCAACCACCUCCACCCGAUCGUUGGAAAACAAGGAUGACAACUCCGGGUCCGGCACACCCAAACUCACACAUGUCACGGCAUCGGGCACAGCCCACAUGGUUUCGAUCUCUGACAAGACACCAACCAAACGCGUCGCCCGCGCAAAAUGCGCCGUGCGGUUCUCCUCACCUACCGCGCUGGCACUCGUCCGCGACAAUCAGAUCGGCAAAGGCGACGUGCUCGGCGCGGCGCGCAUCGCGGGCAUCAUGGCAGCCAAACGCACGCCCGCUCUGAUUCCGUUAUGCCAUCCUAUCGCGAUCACGCAUGCGGAGGUGGAGUUGGUGUUGAAGGAAGGAAAGGAAGGCCAGAUCGAUGGGAAACAAGGUGGAGAUGAGAUUGAGAUCACGGCUACGGUUUCAUGUGAUGGGAAGACGGGAGUGGAGAUGGAGGCGCUUACGGCCGCAUCUGUGGCGGCCCUGACGGUGUAUGAUAUGUGUAAGGCGGUGGAUAAGGGGAUGGUGGUGGAGGGGUUGCGGGUGGUGUUGAAGGAAGGAGGGAAGAGCGGACGGUGGGUGGAGGGCGAGAAGAAGGGAGAGUGA